AUGCCCACCAAAACGGUCGCGACUAUCAACUCAACUGGAAGACAGGCUGCGUCCUUCAUCCGAGCAGCAUCGGCUGUUGGCUGGCAUGUGAAGGCCCAGAUCCGUAGCCAGGAUGGUCUGGUGGCUGAAGAACUGGCCGAUCUUCCCAACGUCGAGUUCAUCGAGGGCGACCUUGCUGGACCGGAGAGGUCUCGUCUUCUCGCUGGACUCUUCGCCAACGUCAAGAUAGCCUUCGUCAACACUACUCAUUGGGGUGACGAGGUGGCGAUUGGCAGAGCAUGUGCAGAUGCUGCGAAGAAGGCUGGCGUGGUUCACUACAUCUACUCUUCCAUGCCGGAUCAUAGUACCUUUGGCAAUGGCUGGAGAGCACUGCCGAUGUGGGCUACCAAGUUUGCCACCGAGAACUACGUACGGCAAGUAGGCAUACCAGCGACAUUUGUCUAUACUGGCAUUUACAACAACAACUUCACCUCAUUGCCCUAUCCUCUUUUCCAGAUGGAGCUGCAGGACGAUGGUAGCUUUGUGUGGCAAGCACCAUUCCACCCGGAUGAUCCUCUACCCUGGCUGGACGCUGAACAUGAUGUCGGGCCGGCUCUGCUACAGAUCUUCAAGAUGGGACCUAAUCACUGGAAGGGACAGAGAGUUACCCUAGCCUUUGAGCGCCUAACACCACUCCAAUGCUGCGCACGAUUUGCGCGCGGCGUAGGACGACCUGUCAGAUAUGUGCAUGCGGAAAUCGACAUCAAGGUCACCAUUCCAUCAGGCUACCGAGAACAACUUGAGAUACUCCAGGAGACUCUGGGAGAGAAGCGGGCACCUUAUUUCCCUGAUCUUGAGUAUCCACGCGAAGGUCGAAGCAUCUGGGAAGGCUACCGUGGCAUCGAAGAGUAUGCGCGCGAAGUCUUCCCAAUUGAGGAGUAUGCGAAUGGUGUGCGAUGGAUGGAGGAGCCUGGUGCUCAACCACCCAGUGACGUAGACCCUGUGGAGGUUGAAGUGAGUGGCCCAGCGUCGAGGGUUGGUUCGAGACCUAUCACGCCAUCUGGCAUCAACUCGCCACUACGCUUCUCCGGCGCCUUUCACCCUCGUUCGCAUCCCGAAGGUCUGGACGAUGACUUCUUCGUGGGCAGCACGUAG